AUGCAGAUGGGUUCAAGGAUGAAAGCGGCAAUAUUUGAUGAGCAAACAAACAAGGCUCUGAAGAAAUGGCACAUGGCUGUGAAGAAGAAGCAGGCAGUGGUGAAGCUAGGAAAGUCCAAUGCAGAAACAGUAGAUAGAAGCCCCAGUCCUUCAACUUCGGCAGUGCACCCUUCUGGGCCUACACUUCACCGUUUCAAAACCACCGGCCACUCCACCCGCUCCUCAGCGUACGAGGAGCAGGAUCAUGAAUAUGAUGAGUCCGAUGUUGAGAUGUCUCCCGAGUCCUCCCAAACAACCAGCUUCAUUGUUAGAGUGGAUCAUGCUGGUCACCAAGAACCACUAGAACAUGCACACCGUAGUGAGGAAGAAACCGACACUAGUGAAGAAGUUGAAUUUUCAUUUAUCAAACCGAGUGACCCUGUGGAAAAACCAUCACAUGGCAGCAUGUAA